CCAGUGGAAGCAGAACAACACUGGUACACUGUCAAAUUGGAGUUUAACGGCAUCACCCUCGGUGAAUCAUCCAAGGUCUUACUGACCGAAAACAGUCCACUUAUCAUCAAUGCUAAUUUUCGGCUAUCUUGUGACCUCACCAAAACAGCCGAUCUUGAAUUGCUUUGUAAUCGACCCCUGAUAGUAUCUAUAUUGAAGCAUUCAGCUAGAAGCAAGAGACAGAAGGAUGUUAAACCUGUUGUGGUGGGUUACGUAUUCCUGGAAUGCACGCCAUUCGUAACCGGUAUAAAAGUAUUACCCCCAAGCUAUUUUUUCACUAUGUAUGCAGUGAAGAAGAUUCGAGGGGCUUAUCGACUGGUGCCAUAUUCCGAGGACGAAUAUGCGGAAAAGACAAAGAGACCUGGAACCAUUGUUGACGAAGCCGUGCGCAAGUGUUUGAAGGAAAAGCUUUGGGCAUCGAAAGCGCCGAGCAAGAGGCGAGUUCAAACAACGGAAAGAAAGGGAACAGCACGUGGUGCGGGAGACGAAACCGCACGCUCGAAAAUUGAGACCGGCAGACCCAAGACCCAAGAUGCGCUCGGAUUCAAAGACACCAGAGUUCAGCUUGGCUCGGAAGAACAACAAGCUGUAACUCCUGACUCUUACAUCAUCCUGGAGAUAAGUCUGGAUCAUCCGCUGGUCCCCAAGCGCACUGUUGAGGAACUGGAUCAGACGAUCGCGUCCCACAUACGAGCCAGAGAAAAGCUUCCUAGUAGAGAGGAAACUGCUGCGCAGGCGGUGAGUGAAUAUCACAAACAAGUUUCCAAAGUGGCGCGAUAUAUUCUGUCCGAUUUCAAGAAACAAGAAUUGUUCUACAACUUGAAUUCUACUGGGAAAUAUUUUGCCUACAAACAACGUUUGAAAUUUGCCAUAAUAAAAAUCGUACGGGAAAAAUUCUUUCACUCCAAGCAAUCGAGCAGUCAAGAGGAACUACAGGCAUUUUUAAGGGAUCUCUUCGUAUGCCUGCAAGACGAGAUGCAUACUGCUUUGAACAAGUGGUUCAGUGCACGGGAAAUUCCGACCCAUGCCGAAAGACAAUACCUUGAUUGCGAAACUCUCGGUCGAUUUGCUCGCGAAGCAGAAAGUCUCGGUGAUUUCGGCUGGGCAGCCAGAUACUAUGAAGAACGCAUAUCUAGAGAACCAGACGAAAUAGAGCACUGGGUCGAUUUCGGAACCUUUCAUCUCGGACAGAAGAAUUUGGAAGAAGCUGAAGUCUGUUUCUAUCGGGCACUGAGUAUCCAAGCAACAUGCGUGAAGACGCUACUACUCUAUGGUUUGGUCGCUGCUCUUCUGGGAAGAAACCACGAAACAACAGACUUUCUGACGGCUGCCGUUACACACGAGCCACAAAAUGUGAUCGCCUGGACUACCCUAGGUCUCUACUACGAAACCAUUUCGGACGAUAUCAAUGCUGAGAAUGCCUACAAAGAAGCUAGGCGUUUGAGUGAGCCGAAAGAAAACCUUGAGAAUCCGGAGGACCAUACACGACCGGACACUACUCCAACAAGAGAUGAUGGAGGGUCAGUUAUGAAUACCAUUUCACAAAAUUUGGACCAGACGGAGGAAUCGCAUUCGCCAAGCCUGUACGUUAUCACGGCGGAGUUCUUGUUGGAUCAUCACGUGAACAGCGAAUCCCUAGAAAAGUUGGAGCUGAAUAAAAAAGUUAAAUCGAUUCGCUUGCAUCUAAAAUUCCUUCAGUUCGCAGUACCGGCUCUUGGACACGAACUUCUUCUGCUGUCGAAACUCAUCUCCUCAUGUGAGCCAAAACCAUAUCCUGGUUUGGAUUCAGCAACCGGAAACGCAUCCAUCCCACCAGGCAAUGAAAGUACCGGGCUAGCUGUAUCCAACAUCCUUGUUCCUGAUUGGCUCAAGGAGCGGUUGAUUCGAUACCAUCUGACACGCGCACGACUCUGUCUGACUUCGGACUACCUGGACUAUGCAACGGCAUCGGCGGAACUUGUUCAAGUGACCGAGCUUGAUCCAGAGAAUGUUGAAGGUUGGUGCCUGUUAGGACACAUGCACAAUGGUUCUGGGGAGAUUGAACUAGCUCGGUCUUGCUAUGAACGUUGUCUGCUGUUAACCACAUGGCCUCCAGUGGACGCGCAUUUGGUCCAGUUGCGACUUGGUUCCAUGUACUUGGAGAGUAACGAGCUACGUGAAAUGGAGAAUGCUGAAAAGGCACUCGAGGAAGCCAACUUUCUCAAUAACCGAGAUCCAAACAUUUGGGCUUUUUUAUCUCUCAUCUGUCUGCAAACUGGCCGAAAAGUCGAGGCUGAGCAAACCUACAAGUACGCUAUAAAGAUGAAGCUUGACGACUCAACUCCGCUGAUGGCCG